UUUCCUCAGAGAUUUCCCCUCCCACCCCUGCCCUGGGAUGGGUUCUUAUAGUCAGCCUGCCCAGACCGUCACACACAUCCCAGGGUUCUUGUUCAUAAACAGUGUGUGGACACAGUGCCAGUGCCUCCCACCUGCAAGGGAGCAGCUGUUCCCAAAAGCAUGGGGUACCCCCAGCUGUCUGCUUUCACCAGGGCUGCUGCCCAUCAUUUCCAAGAAUAAACACCAGCUAGUGGCUGCGUGGAUCUGAAUCAUCUGGGAGCUUCCAGAGCAGGGGAGUGACGGCCCGGGACAGACAAGCAGGUUAUAUAAGUUCCUGAGGGUUGGACUUCACACAGAUCUCUUCCUGUGGCUGCUGCCUGCCAGAGUUACCUACAGAGAACUCGCUUGGCAUCUACCAUGUCCGAGGUUGGCACCUCUGAAGGCCCCAUCAAGAAGAAGCGUCCCCCCGUGAAGGAAGAAGACCUGAAGGGGGCCCGAGGGAACUUGGCCAAGAACCAGGAUAUCAAGUCUAAGACAUACCAGGUCAUGCGGGACUGUGAGCAAGCUGGCUCAGCUGCCCCAUCCGUAUUCAGCCGCAACCGCACGGGCACCGAGACAGUCUUUGAGAAGCCCAAAGAGGGGCCUGCCAAGAGCGUCUUUGGCUGAGAAGUGUGCACCGCGCCACUCCACACACCCGGACACAGGAGCCUCUCCCACGGGCUGGCGCUCUCUCUCUCUCUCUCUCUCUCUCUCUCUCUCUCUCUCUCUUUC